AUGGACCCUGCGCGCGGCCCAUCGCCUCCCGAAGAGCCCGACCCGCCGCGCCAUGACGAGCCUGGCCCCGGACUCCGUCAUUUCCGCGCACCGGUGCCGCCUGUGCUUUCAGUUCCCGUUCCGGAUAGUGCGCUAUUCUCUUCCCAAGAGUUUCUAGCCUAUUCCGAUAGAAUUGCAUACUUUGAUGCACAAUUCGAACCGACUUCCGAUGACGAUAUUUUAUCAGAGUUUUUCGUGCCUUCCGCCUCAAGUUCCCGCGUCGCGCUGAGCCGAAGCAGCACCAGCACCAUUGGCCGACAGGUCGAUGCUUUGACGGUCCAAGACAGUGUUCUCAUCCCUUCAAGCCCAGCUGUCAGUGAUCAACCGGAAUUCUCCGCGUUCUCUGACACCUCGGAAUACGCCGAUGAUCCGUCAGAUUUUUGCCCGUAUACAGACCCGAUUGGCUACUACGACUACCACGAGCCACUUGAUGCGCUGUCUCCAGCUCCGAGAGCCUCACAACAGCCUGGCCCGUCUCGCCCGGACACCAGCAUUCCUCUUCGCACCAGCACGCUGCCCUCCUCUUUCAACUUCUCCCAGCAGCCUGGCCCAACAAAAGAGCCUCUGCGCCGCCUCACAUUGUUGCAGCAUGGCGAACCGCCAAUGCCCACUCGACUUCGCAGGGACGUGCUCGGGAGACAGGCGAGGAACGGCGCGCCCGAAGCUCCAGAAACGCCGUUGCAACUUCUCAAGCACGAGCCAUGGAAUCUUCGGCGGAACGUAGGUCACGCCAAGCGCGUGAUGCAGAGCGGCAUGCUGAACAAGUAUCAAGUGAGGAAACCGGAGAACGCAUGGCUCGACUCCAGCGUGUUCGUGAAACUAAUCAAAUUCUGCGCGCGGGUCAGCGAAACACUACGCGUCGGGGGGCUGGAA